AUGAGAAAAAGUCGCCCAAAGGUCCUUCUUCUGGGAGUGUCUUAUCCGAAGAUUGAAACGUUGUCCCUUUUUAAGCAACGUCCUGGUUGCGAGGGAAUAUCCAAUGGCGGUGGUAGAAUUUCUUUGGUCGAGAGAGUGGUGGACUCUGUAAAACAGAACAUACUGACGCAGAUGGAUGGACGUGAUCUUGCUCGUUGUGUAGCUACAGAAGAACAUUGUCAUGUAGAUGUUUACACUGUCUCCCAGGAAAAAGGGGCAAUCUAUCGAGAUGAUCGGCAUUUCGACGGAAACUUUAAUCGGCAAACGUUCUGUCGAACGCUGAAGAAGCAUUUUGAUUUAAUAGACGAGGGCUUCGACCAAGUAAUCCUCGACUAUUUUUGGAUUCCUGCAGGAUGGAAUGUCCAGCACUGGAGUAGAUCGUUUUUCAAAACGACUUUAGUUAAUCUCGUCAAGGAUUGUGUACUAAAGCUGAGUCGAGAUGCUGGUCAUCGACCAGGCCGGGUAUACCUACCCUUCUGUCUCCAUUGUUUUAAAGAGAUUUUGGCCUCCAGUAGCACGAUUCUGGAACACUACAACGUAUCCUUUUUAAGAAAAGGAGAGCUGCAGCAGAUAUCAUUUUGGAAGGGUACUCAACAGAUCGAUCCUGAUACUAUGCAAGGAAUACUCGCAAAGCGGCGAGACCAAGAAGAACUGUAUUGUACGUUUGGUCCUCGGGAUCUCCACGAAGGUGAGGACGAUCCUUUUAUAUCAAAGGGUGAAAUUGCAGACAUGGCAAGGAAGCUUGAAGAUUUCGGAAUGAUUCGAUUUAUAGUGUUAGAGCCUCUCACUAAAACUGCCACUACUCGAACGGCUCGACAGCGCAAAAAUACAGGACGUUUAAGAGGCGACUUUGUCGGACUCGUGCCGCCUCCUUCUGUUAAGCGGGGCUUUGAUCAUCUCAAGAAUACUUCGGUGUGCCCAACAACGCCUCGGAAAUCGAAGCUGAAACGAGUAGCGCCGAAUGCACUGUCUUUGCCUAUCCGAAGCUUGACUAGGAGUGAACGGGAUACAAGAUCCACCCAACGAAAAGCGAAAGAACGAAGGAUUACGAGAGCUGGAUCGCCUCAAACCGUUAUUGAGGGCUUUCUUAAGGAACCUGCCAUCACUUCCCAGCAAAAGCAGCUGAAGCCCAGUAAUCUUUUUCCUUAA